AUGAAUUCUGCCACAAAGGUCGGUGAAAUUUUUACCGCUGCCGGUGCCGCAUUCAAUAGCUUAGGAGAACUAACGAUGCAGCUUCAUCCAUCGUCAGAUUCUCCAACCGGGAGCAAAUGGACAGAUGAAGAAAUAGAAAUGCUUCGAUCCGCAGUCACACGAUUCAGUGAAGAUUUGAGCAAAAUCAGUCAACGCAUCAAGGGACGCACGGUCUCACAAAUUCGGCAUACGCUCAAGAAGAAAGCGUUCGAAGAUGCCGGCCUACCGAUGAGACAACUCUCCCAAGCAAUCCCCGCACAGCCACAUCAUCAGCAGCAACAUGUACCACCACCGCAACAGCAACAGCAGCAAAUAAUCGUUACGUCCUCCACAGUGACACACUAUGAAGAGACAGUACCGCCGUCGACCAUCAUAGCCCAUCCGAUGGUGAUUGAGUCGGUCAUAAAGGACGAAAAUACGGAUUCCAGCGGGCUUCUAUGCCAAACGACUGAUAUUUCGAUGACGUUGAAUCGUCUCAAUACACAGGAACACGAAGCAGACGUAGAAGGUAUGGGUUCGAGCGAAAUGAAGCUCGAGUUCGAACCCGGCACGGAAGAGGUGGCCGGGUGA